AUGGGCGAUCAUGAGCUGUCCGAUUCGGAGAAGGCGAUUGAGCGCUACAAGGUGAAAAAACUCAUCCAGAUGCUUGAGUCCGCGCGUGGCAUGGGUACCAGUGUUAUCAGUAUUUACAUGACGCCGAAGGAGCAGGUCUCUGGUAUGGUCACAAAGUUAAAUAAUGAGUACGGCACCGCGUCGAAUAUUAAGUCCCACACCAACAAACUCAGUGUUCAAAGUGCCAUCACUGCCUCCCUUGGGCGAUUGAAGCAGUACAAUCGUCUCCCACCGAACGGGCUUCUUCUUUAUUGUGGUACCGUUCUCACAGCCGAUAACAAGGAAAAGAAGCUCACGCUGGACAUUGAGCCAUUUAAGCCCGUUAGUCGCAGUUUGUACCUCUGUGACAAUAAGUUCCACACAGAGGAGUUACACCGCAUGUUGGAAUCAGAUGAGAAAUUUGGCUUCAUUGUAGUGGACGGUAGCGGUACGACAUACGCGACUCUCUGCGGGAGCGUCAAGGAGAAACUCGGUUCUUUCACGGUGGGAGCUACCAAAAAAAC